CUAAAAAACACGAAUUCAUCCUUGACUUUGGUCUCUAAAGCCAUCCUUCCUCACAUAACCUCUCCCUUUGAAUCUCUCAUCUCAAAUUCUUUACUUUUCUAAUAAAACCAAAGACAAUAUCACAAACUCGCUUCUUCUUCCUCAACCCAUCUCUAAUCUAAAUCACAAGCUGAGACGUCACCUGAUCAAAACCCUUUCUUUACGCCACCGAAUCACAAUCAGCUUCUUCUUCUUCUUCUACUUUCUUGUUCUUCGUUUACAUCAUCAAACCUUUUCUUGAUUCUAAAAAUCACUCUGUUGUUGCAUUUUCCCAUGGGAUGGUCACUAAUCAUUCUCAGAAGAGCAACAACUUGGGCUUAACAAAGUCCAUGAAUUUCUUUCAGAACAUCAUCAAACCUUUCAAACGCAGCUCUAAUCGAGGUCUUGAAGAUGAUAUUGAGCGAAUUGCUGCUUUGGAGCAAAAAGUCUUCUCUUUUCAAGUUUUAGUUUCCGCUACCAGAGAUUUUCAUCCGACCCAUAAGCUCGGUGAAGGUGGAUUUGGUCCCGUCUACAAGGGAAGAUUACCUGACGGGAGAGACAUAGCAGUGAAGAGGCUAGCUCAAGCUUCAAGGCAAGGCAAAAACGAGUUUGUCAACGAAGCUAAGUUGUUGGCUAAAGUCCAGCACCGCAAUGUCGUUAAUCUUUGGGGUUAUUGUACACACGGUGAUGAUAAACUCUUGGUCUAUGAGUACGUCGUUAAUGAGAGCCUCGACAAGGUCCUCUUCAAAUCCAAUAGAAAAUCGGAGAUUGAUUGGAAGCAGAGGCUUGAGAUCAUAACAGGCAUUGCUCGAGGACUUCUCUAUCUCCAUGAAGAUGCGCCAAACUGUAUCAUCCACAGGGACAUUAAGGCUGGCAACAUUUUGCUUGAUGAAAAAUGGGUUCCUAAGAUUGCGGAUUUUGGGAUGGCCAGACUCUAUCAGGAAGAUGUAACACAUGUCAACACUCGAGUCGCAGGAACCAAUGGUUAUAUGGCGCCAGAGUACGUAAUGCACGGGGUUCUAUCGGUUAAGGCAGACGUAUUCAGUUUUGGGGUUUUGGUUCUGGAGCUUGUAAGUGGACAGAAGAACUCGAGUUUUAGUAUGAGACACCCUGACCAGACUCUUCUUGAAUGGGCAUAUAAACUGUACAAGAAAGGCAGGACCAUGGAGAUAGUUGACCCGGACAUAGCAGCUUCAGCUGAUCCGGACCAAGUCAAACUCUGCGUUCAGAUUGGUCUGCUAUGCGUUCAAGGUGAUCCCCAUCAAAGACCACCAAUGAGACGAGUAUCUCUACUUCUCUCGAGAAAACCUGGACAUCUAGAAGAACCGGAUCAUCCUGGCGUCCCGGGAUCUAGAUACCGCCGUCGGACGCGUCGUUCCUCAGGAACAGCAGCAGCAUCACUUGGAACAAUGUCAACCACUGGUUCGAGUACAGAUUCUUUCGGUUCAAACCUGAAUACAAACACCGGAACCGGUGGUAGAGGUACCCCCGUAUCUUCUAGGACGUCGACACGGACUCAUGCCACUAGAAGUGCUGGUCAGAGUUCUAGCUCAGAUCCUCACGGUAAAAGACCUAUGAGUUAUUGAAGUACAUAAAGUCACAGGUCCAUUGUAAAUAGUGAGCAAUCUAUAUUUUCAUUUUAUUCGUUUUGAAAAGUAAAUUAUUAUUUUUGACUGCGGUAGUGAUUUAGCUUUGUAGUAUGAUUUGUUAUAGGGGGAAAAUAUAUAUAUGAUUCAUUUGUUA